GGACACGACUCUCACCGUUUCUAUAAAAGGCGUACGUUUGAAGAUUCAUCAUCCUUUCCCCCAACAUCGUUACCGAUUACAUACCCAAAGUAACAGAUGGCAACGGCAACGGCAACCUACCCAACCCCACUCUCAACGACCGCACAAACGGACUUUCCAACUCCCAUUGAAGCCGCUCAACACGGUCUGAACCCCAACCCAGCCCCAGUGGAAACGGGUCUCUCCGCACUCCCAACUCUAACUGGGAAAAACGCGACGACUCAUGCCCAGCGUCAAAAUCCUAAAACCCAAAUCCACCGCCAUCAACCACCAAAAGAAAAGAAACGGGAUGAAGCCCCCGCAACUCGUUCAUCGAAAUCCGCUGAACAUGUCUUGACGCGGGCCUUGGACAGGAUUCAAACUCCUGAAGUAAAAGGCGCGUUCGAUGAUGGAAAGCAGACGGGUGAAUAUGUGGUUGGAUAUGCUCUUGAGACCGUUGUGGGAGUAUGUGUGACCGCAGCGGAAAAGGUGAAGGAGGUGGUUGAAUAUUAUCGGGAAGGUGGUCUUCUUCGUUGAGGAAUCAUGUGUUUCGUUAUGAAAGUAUGUGUGUGAGCUAUUUUAUAUGCAAUAUAUAUUUUUAUUUGUUA